AUGCUUGUGUCUACAUUUAUCCGUCGCCUUUAUAACAUUGAACUGGAGAACACCGUUGUGAUAUUCGACGAAGCACACAACAUUGAGCAGGUAUGUGAAGAUGCGGCCUCUGUUGUGCUGACCUCAGCAACCCUGGCUGCUGCUAUUGAGUCUUUGCGAGCCGUUGGGGAACACGUGUUUAGUCGUUCAUCAGAGGAAGUUGACAAGGAGGGAGCUGAGGAAUCUGGUACUUUUGCGUACAAUAUGGGGCAAGGCCUGGGACGCGGCAAACCAAAGGGCUUUACUGGACUCAACGACCUUACUGAAUCAGAUAUGAAUAAGUUUUCUCGCAAUCUCUUUUUUGCUUUCUUUCUUUAG